UCCAGGAGGAGUCCAGCGUUACAGGAAAUGACGAAGGCAAGAGUCAGUGGGCCAGUUUAUGAAAGUCCCAGCAAAAGCGCGCGCAGUUACAUUCAGAGCCUCGAGAGAAGACUAGACGGGACAGAUACGCCUGUGUUUCUUUUAGAGUCUUUGGAUUUGUACGUGCUACUGCUAAAACACUUUGAUAGUCUAAAAUUACUGCGUUCCUGCACUUGAAGACAAGCAGAAAGCCAGGCGGCGCUUGUGUCAUAACAGGAAUUGGAUAACUUUUUUUCCUCCUCCCAUAAAAAAAGAAGCACAAUGUUUGAGGCACGUCUCGUUCAAGGAUCAAUCCUUAAGAAGGUUCUGGAGGCUCUGAAAGACCUCAUCACCGAAGCCUGCUGGGAUGUCAGCUCCUCGGGGAUCUCGCUGCAGAGCAUGGAUUCGUCUCAUGUGUCUCUGGUGCAGCUCACGCUCCGGAGUGAUGGGUUCGACUCCUACCGCUGCGACAGAAACCUGGCCAUGGGUGUCAAUUUGAGCAGCAUGUCAAAGAUUCUGAAGUGUGCUGGAAAUGAAGAUAUCAUCACACUUAGGGCAGAAGACAAUGCAGACUCUUUGGCGCUUGUCUUUGAAACACUCAAUAAGGAGAAAGUGUCCGACUAUGAGAUGAAACUGAUGGAUCUGGAUGUGGAGCAGCUUGGCAUUCCAGAGCAGGAAUACAGCUGUGUGGUGAAGAUGCCCUCUGGUUGA